GCUUUAUAGCAGCACAUAUACGGCUUUAUACAGCCUGUAUCUGACUAUCUGACUCACACAGUGGUUUAGGUGGUUUAGGAUUUGUAUUUAUUAGGUAUUUAAAGUAGUAGCUCAACAAAUAUAUAAACGUCAGAAUCUUUUAUAUAGUGGUGUUUAAUUUGACUUUGUUCUAUUGAAUGAAAAUAAAUUGAAUCAAGUGUCGUCUAGACGAGCAGCUCUACAAUGCAAAUCUUCGUAAAAACCCUGACGGGUAAGACCAUCACCCUCGAGGUGGAGGCUUCGGACACUAUUGAGAAUGUGAAGGCCAAGAUUCAGGACAAAGAGGGCAUCCCGCCAGACCAGCAACGUCUUAUCUUCGCCGGUAAACAGUUGGAAGAUGGCCGCACACUCUCAGACUACAACAUCCAGAAGGAAUCCACACUCCACUUAGUGCUUAGGCUGAGAGGAGGUAAGGACUCUACAAUGCAAAUCUUCGUAAAAACCCUGACGGGUAAUACCAUCACCCUCGAGGUGGAGGCUUCAGACACUAUUGAGAAUGUGAAGGCAAAUAUUCAGGACAAAGAGAAUAUCCCGCCAGACCAGCAACGUCUUAUCUUCGCCGGUAAACAGUUGGAAGAUGGCCGCACUCUCACAAACUACAACAUUCAGAAGGAAUCCACAUUCCACUUGGUGCUCAGGCAGACAGGAGGAAGAGGUUGGAUUUAUGGACCCGAACGUAUACUAGCCCAGAAACAUUUAUUGAUGAAAAUGAUUUGUCGAAAAUGUUAUGGUCGUCUUCCCAUGGGUGCUACCCAUUGUCGUAAAGCUAAGUGUGGCUUCUCCACUGACCUACGUCCCAAAAAGAUGGCACCGUACAUGUGGUGAAAUUGUGUGGUUUAUCAUAUAUUGAGAUUGCAGAUGCUCAUAAUAUAAAAUUUUAUAUUCCCAAGCUUAAGUGCAAGCAGCCUAAAAGUAUACUAAUAGCGAUAAUGUCAAGGUAUUAUAAUAGAUUUUUUUUGUCUUUUUUUUUGUAUGGUUCCUAUGGUUCCGUACAAUAUAUGCAACUAAAUAUAAAUAAUAAUCAUUUACAACAAAAAAGCGUAUUUAUUAACGGAAUAACAUUAGGAACCUCUAAAAUUAUUUUUGUGUCUGAACUAUAUUGUAUUUAUUAUGCAUGUCAUUUUUUAUAAUAAACCACCGCACCAUC